AUGCUUUAUCUUUUGAUACAAGUUAAUGAGAGUAUCAAGUGUGUCAUCCCUGAAUGUAUAGUGAGUAUAGAAUCUACAGCUAAUAAGUUUAGUGACCUUUUUGGUGCUAUUAUGACAGGACAAUAUGAUAAUAGAGAGAUGCAAGUUUUUGUUAGAAGAAAAAAGUCCAAAAGUUGGCGAGAAGUUGAUAAUAGUUUAAAUAGUGAUCUAAAAAUAUUAGAAGUUUUUGGAUUUUUGCAAGUUAGAUUUUGCCUUAUUGUCAAUAUAAAUUCAGAUACGCCAGCUCUAACUCAAAGCAAACCAAAUGCUUUUAGUAUUUUAAUGAAAAAUUUAAGACAAACAUUACUUCCUCAAUAUUGUAUAGAACAUAAUAACUAUAAUUGA